CGGCGGCGAAAGGCGGGGGCGCCGUGGGGGCCGGCCAGUGUUUACGGAGCGGCGGGAGGGCGCGGACGCGGAACCCAGCGCGGCGGCGGCAGGAUGGUCAUGGCGCAUUUCGUUGAGAAUUUUUGGGGGGAAAAAAAUAGUGGCUUUGAUGUCCUUUACCAUAAUAUGAAAUAUGGACAGAUAUCGACAAAAGAACUAGCAGAUUUUGUAAGAGAAAGAGCUACAAUAGAAGAGGCGUACUCCAGGUCAAUGACAAAACUAGCAAAAUCUGCAAGCAAUUAUUCACAACUUGGAACAUUUGCACCAGUGUGGGAUGUGUUCAAAACAUCUACAGAGAAAUUAGCAAAUUGUCACUUGGAUCUUGUUAGAAAAUUACAAGAAUUAAUAAAAGAAGUUCAGAAGUAUGGAGAAGAACAAGUAAAAUCGCAUAAAAAGACUAAAGAAGAAGUUGCAGGAACUCUGGAAGCUGUUCAAACCAUUCAGAGCAUAACUCAAGCCCUCCAGAAAUCCAAGGAAAAUUACAAUGCCAAAUGUGUCGAACAGGAACGUUUGAAAAAGGAAGGAGCUACACAAAGAGAAAUAGAAAAGGCAACUGUUAAAUCUAAGAAAGCUACAGAUACCUAUAAACUCUAUGUGGAAAAAUAUGCAUUAGGAAAAGCUGAUUUUGAACAGAAAAUGACAGAAACAGCUCAGAAAUUUCAAGAUAUUGAAGAAACUCAUCUCAUUCAUAUAAAAGAAAUUAUAGGAUCCUUGUCAAAUGCUAUAAAGGAAAUUCAUUUACAAAUAGGCCAGGUCCAUGAAGAAUUUAUGAAUAACAUGGCUAACACUACAGUUGAAAGCUUGAUACAAAAAUUUGCUGAGUCAAAAGGCACUGGGAAGGAAAGACCUGGCCUUAUUGAAUUUGAAGAAUGUGACCCUGCUAGUGCAGUUGAAGGUAUAAGACCAAGGAAAAGAAAGACUUUUGGUUUACCAGGAAUAAUUAAAAAGGAAAAGGAUACAGAGUCUGUGGAAUGCCCUGAUGCAGAUUCACUUAACAUUCCUGAUGUGGAUGAAGAAGGCUAUAGUAUAAAACCAGAAGCAAAUCAGAAUGAUACCAAAGAGAACCAUUUCUACUCGUCUAGUGAUUCUGAUUCUGAAGAUGAAGAACCAAAGAAGUAUCGGAUAGAAAUCAAACCUAUGCAUCCGAAUAACUCACAUCACACAAUGGCUUCCUUGGAUGAAUUAAAAGUAUCUAUAGGAAAUAUAACGCUCUCCCCAGCAAUAUCUAGACACAGCCCAGUGCAGAUGAAUCGGAAUUCAUCUAGUGAAGAGUUAACAAAAUCAAAGCCAUCUGCUGCAUCCAAUGAGAAAGGGACCAGUGAUUUACUUGCUUGGGACCCCCUGUUUGGACCAUCUCUUGAUUCAUCUUCUUCAACUUCACUAACUUCAUCAUCAUCAUCAGCCAGGCCCACAACUCCUCUUUCUGUAGGUACCAUUGUCCCACCUCCAAGGCCUGCUUCCAGACCAAAGCUUACUUCAGGAAAACUCAGUGGGAUUAAUGAAAUACCCAGGCCAUUCAGCCCACCUAUAACUUCCAAUACCAGCCCACCUCCUGCUGCUCCGUUAGCCCGGGCAGAAAGUUCUUCCUCUAUCUCAUCUUCUGCGUCACUAAGUGCGGCCAAUACUCCAGUAGGUGUGUCACGAGGUCCCAGUCCUGUCAGCCUUGGAAAUCAGGACACCUUACCUGUGGCAGUCGCCCUUACAGAAUCUGUUAAUGCCUACUUUAAAGGGGCAGAUCCCACCAAGUGUAUUGUGAAGAUCACUGGUGACAUGACAAUAUCAUUUCCAAGCGGAGUUAUUAAAGUCUUCACUAGUAAUCCAUCCCCAGCUGUGCUCUGCUUCAGGGUGAAAAAUAUCAACAGACUAGAACAGAUUCUUCCAAAUGCACAACUUGUGUUCAGUGAUCCAUCACAAUGUGAUUCUAACACAAAAGAUUUUUGGAUGAACAUGCAAGCUCUUACUAUCUACCUCAAGAAGCUAUCAGAGCAGAAUCCAGCUGCUUCUUAUUAUAAUGUAGAUGUAUUAAAGUAUCAGGUAUCAUCAAAUGGUAUUCAGUCCACUCCUCUAAAUCUCGCAACAUAUUGGAAAUGUAGUGCCGGCACCACAGAUCUUAGAGUGGAUUAUAAGUACAACCCAGAAGCUAUGGUGACACCAAGUGUGCUUUCCAACGUACAGGUGGUGGUACCAGUGGAUGGAGGAGUCACAAACAUGCAGUCCCUUCCCCCUGCAAUAUGGAAUGCAGAACAGAUGAAAGCCUUUUGGAAACUCUCUGGUAUUUCAGAAAAAUCAGAAAAUAGAGGUUCUGGGUCCCUCAGAGCAAAAUUUGAUCUUUCAGAAGGACCCAGUAAACCCACAACACUUGCAGUGCAAUUCCUCAGCGAGGGAAGUACCCUCUCAGGAGUAGAUAUUGAACUUGUAGGCACUGGCUAUAGGCUUUCCUUAGUAAAGAAGCGGUUUGCCACUGGACGAUACUUGGCAGAUUGUUGAUGGACCUGGGAAAGUGGUUGGCUCAAAGGAGUAGUACAGACCUGCCAUUCUGCAUUAUCUGUUCUUUCCAAACACUAUUCUAACUUGUAUUAUGUCUUUAAGAGCUGACUACAAACAUUAAAUUGCACUUUUGAAGUGAGUCGUCGACAGAAAUAGCACUGAUGAUUUUCAAGGCUGUAAAUGAUAAACUGCAAUAUUCAGGAAACACAUUUAUUCAGAUUGUCAGUAAAGUGAAGUUUUAAUAGGCUGAAAUUUUAAAUUAUCUUCAGUGUCUGUGGUUAUAGUGUAAUAUCAGGCCUGAAAUUUCAGGAGAGCAAGCACAAAAUAAUUUAGCUUUCCAUAAGUUUUUAGAGUCAGAGAUAAUUUUGAAAUUUUAUAAGUUUUGAUAUCGAAUGGAUACAGACAGAACGUGAAUUCUAAGUUUGGGAUAAUGUUCAUUUAUAA